AAAAAGUUGGCAAUGUCCCAACAUUAGAUUACCUGCAGCAGGAUGCCGGCAGCUAACCCACCAAGACAUGUCCAGCUGUCUGUAGAUAGGAGCCUAUUGAAUCCCAAAUUCGAAGGAUACAAGCUCAAGACACAUGACGGCGUCCGCGAACCCAAAACUUUCGACCUUCCGGAGCCAGUAAACAUUGGCAAAGUUCCCUCCUCCACACAUGCGCCAUAUCGAAAAUUGGAGGCUCGGAGCGGCUUUAACCAUUUAUUUGCGUUUCCAGAGUGGGACUGUGCAUUUUAUGUGGAUGGAGAGUACAAUGUCAUUCAAGUUCUGGUAAAUGAGGAUGCGUUCGAGCCCAGUUUUCGCACUUUGUAUUCGUUCCCCGCGCCAACUCUUGCCAAUGAAGAGAGAGAGUAUCCGUCAAUACAACGCGCUGGGCAGUAUCUCUUGAUAAGUAGCGGGGCAGGGUCCAUUGCCGUGAUUCAUCUAGCCGACACCACGUCAUUCCCAACUUUCAUUGGAGAACUCAGGGAUUUGGACCAUCCGUAUAUCCUCACCAAUGCUAAAACGACGAGUUCAGGAAAUAUAGUUUUUCUCGCCUACAGAACCGAAGAGCGGGAGGUAGAAGAACCGGUUGGUCAUACAGCAACAUCUUUCAGCAAUCCCCAACAAAAGGAAUUGCAUCCACGCCUCUCGUUUUUCCUCAGUCUAUUUCAAAUCGAGAAUGCAGAUUUGCGGGAGGGCCGUACCGCGAACGGCAGCAUUCCUGUGACCCGCUUACGGACAGUGGAAGGAUUCAGUGUGCCAUACUUUUCGGCUAUUGAACCAGAAGGUCAAGGGUUUACGAUUGCAGCCGCAAUACCUUACGAAAAUCCAAAACCUCGACAGGUUCCCGUUCCAGAGGAACAGCAAGAGCACCAACCACAAACUAAAGCCGAGCUUAUCCGACGAGAACAGGAAAUUGAGUUUGUGGAAGCCAAAAAGCUCGAGUACAUGUGGACACAGACUGGAGAAGAUAUUAUGAUCACGGUCCGGCUUCCGCACAUUACGCUGAAAAAGGAUAUCCAUUGUCGGUUUGACAACCAUGGGAUAAAGUGUAAAAUCCUUCCACCAAAAGAAGAAACAAUCUUUGACGCUCGGACAUUUGACAAUAUCGUUCCGGGAGAGUGUACCUGGACAUUAGAAAACAAUCGCCUUCUGACGCUGUACAUACAAAAAGCGAACGAAAAUACACGAUGGACGCAUUUAUGGGAGGAUGAAGACGAUGUUGAAGAAACCGUUGAUCCAAGUGAGCUCGCCACCUUUCGAGAAGCGUUGGAAAAGUAUACAGCAUCUGAUGAAAAUCCCGAAUCCGCGUAUCCAAUGCAAAAUGCAAUGACGGAGCGAUCAGAAGAAGUGGAUUUUGAAGGGCAUGCUGCCGUCUUUGUGCGAUUUGCACGAGAAGGAGGGGAGCCAACGGCCAUCAGUUUGACCGGCGGUCAAGAGUGGCUUUGUACUUGCUUUCCGUGGCGACCGCGUCAAAAUGAGUCGCUAGGAUCAGUCUGCUUGCGCUCGGACGUGGACGCAUUGAUCUAUGACGUUGGUACUGAAUUGCAAAUGACUCAUACGUCUGCAUUCAAUGCCCUUGGUUUCGUGCAAGCCAGCAAGCGAGACAAACGGUUCAUGUUUGUCACAUACGAUUACCAGAAGGCCUUGAUUAUCGAGUCGAGACGACAUGUGUACAUUUACCGCCAACCCUUUGGUAACAGUGUAUACGCCGACCAAUAUGUGGUAGACUUGGACCCUGGGCGACGAGGAGUCACGUCCGAGGACGUAUUAGGAGUUCAACAAAUAGGAGAAGACUGUAUUGCAAUUUUGAAGGAGGGAUCACUGAGUUUGAUACAAUUGGUGACAUAACAGAAAUAGUAUAAGUGGUCGGCAGCAUAUAUGUAUCGGAAGAAUCCAGUCCCAUCUUACCUUCAGAUGAGGUGCGCGCCCUUAACUGAUUUCUCGUAAACGAGGGCCACGGCGAUACAGUACUUUUUGGGUCCUGCCGAAACCAUCUUCUUUUUGGUGUGGAUUCUUUCACCAGCGAAAGCUGACGGUAAAUAGCUCAUAAUUGCUGGUGCUUGGAAGGCAGGGCCUGCUUGCUGAAAUGAGAUGACCUGACCAGUCGGCUUUCC